AUGGAAGGGAACGCCGCGGUGGAUAGAAACAACGAGGCGAGGAAUCGUGAGCUUAUUCAGCAGUACCUGAAUAUUUUGGACGACUCGGCUGAGGGGAAGAUCUACGUGCAGAAAGUCGAGGACAUGAUAAACAGCGAGUGUCCGCGAUUGAUUGUCAAUUUGAACGAUGUCCGUAGGAAAUCAGCUGAAAGGGCCUCAGGGCUUAUUCACAAUUUCGUCGAGGAGGUUAUUUGUUUGGAGCAAGCCACGAAAGAAAUUGUUGGUCGAGCCAGUCCGGAUUUCGUCAAAAAACACGAAAUUCAAGUUGGCUUUGAAGGCGCCUUCGGAGAUCGCCAUGUGAACCCAAGGUCUUUAAAAUCCGUAUUCCUUGGAAACCUUGUCUGUUGUGAAGGAAUCGUAACAAAAUGCUCUACUGUUCGUCCAAAAGUGGUUAAGAGUGUACACUACUGCCCUGCAACGAAGAAAACGCUGGAGAAGAGAUACAGAGACAUUACCUCUUACGACUCUUUUCCCAGCAGUAAUGACGAGAACAAAAAUCCCUUGGAGACCGAAUUUGGCUUGAGUACAUACAAAGAUCACCAAACGUUCUCCGUCCAGGAGAUGCCUGAGUGCUCACCAGCUGGUCAGCUCCCGCGCUCUGUCGACGUGAUUGCGGACAACGACUUGGCCGACUUGGUCAAUCCAGGCGACCGCGUCCGUAUCAUCGGUCUUUACCGUGUGCUGCCCAAUAAGCAAAAUGGAUAUUCGACUGGAUCCUUCAGGUCAGUCGUCAUUGCCAACAAUAUACAGCUUCUCUCGAAGGAAAUAUCACUGGACUUUGAUCCUGAGGAUGUGAGAAACAUUCGAAAAAUCAGUAGGAAGAAAGACGUUUUUGAACUUGUUGCUCGCUCUCUGGCGCCAUCGAUUUGGGGUCAUGAUGAGGUGAAGAAAGCAAUUUUGUGUCUCCUACUUGGGGGAUGUGAAAAAAUACUUGAUAAUGGAAGUCGACUUCGUGGAGACAUCAACGUUUUACUCAUUGGAGAUCCAUCUGUUGCUAAAUCUCAACUUCUAAGAUAUGUAUUGCAAACUGCUCCUCGUGCUAUUGCUACAACUGGACGUGGUUCGUCCGGAGUGGGUUUGACCGCAGCAGUCACUACUGAUGCGGACACUGGCGAAAGGAAGCUUGAAGCAGGAGCAAUGGUGUUAGCAGAUCGAGGAGUGGUGUGUAUAGACGAGUUCGAUAAGAUGUCCGACAUAGAUCGCACUGCUAUUCAUGAAGUCAUGGAACAAGGACGUGUCACUAUAGCAAAAGCUGGAAUUCAUGCAAAGUUGAACGCACGGUGUUCAGUUUUAGCUGCAGCUAAUCCAGUUUACGGAAGAUAUGAUCCCUUCAAGACACCCAUGGACAACAUUAAUAUGCAAGAUUCGCUCCUUUCACGUUUCGACUUGAUCUUCGUUCUACUAGAUGAGCACGAUCCUGAUCGUGACAAGGUUGUGGCCAAUCAUGUCCUGAAGCUUCAUUGUUACCGGGAUCCCGGAGAAGAGGAUGGAACUGUGCUACCUAUGGGUGCAGGUGUUGAAACAAUGAGUACCUUUGAUCUACAUGGUUCUGAAAGGACCAGCGAGAUGUAUGAGAAGAACUCGGAUUGGUUUGAUGAUUCGGCGAAGGUUCUAUCAGUUGAGUUCGUUAGGAAAUAUAUUCAUUUGGCCCGUUCUAUGAAGCCUAAACUAACUGAGGCAGCUACUGAAUUUAUAUCCGAAGUGUAUGCUGAAAUUCGAUCAUUUGACAUCUCGAAGACGGACAGAGAAAAAACUAUGCCUAUCACUGCAAGGCAAUUGGAAACAUUGAUAAGAUUGUCAACAUCAAUUGCUAAGGCUCGGUUCUCGAAGACAGUCGACAGAGUUGAUGCUGAGAAGGCAUACAAUCUCCUACACUUUGCAUGCUUCAAAGAAAAGCCCAAGGCUCGUGUAGAUUAUGAGAAUUCGAAAAAACGUCUCACUACUGAAGUACAAAGCGAUGACGAGAAAGAGAAUCAAGAGGAAGCCAGUGUUACAACUCCGGUGCGAGGAACUCGUAGACGUAUACCUGGUGUCCCCAGUGGCGAGUCGUCCCCAACUGCUUCACAACAGGCCAAGAGAGCUAGGGCGGAGCCGGCAAGUAUCAGUGUAGAUCGGUACAAACAGUUUCGCUCAUGUGUUCGGAAAGUGUUCGAUAGUCUUGGAACCAGCGAAGAUAUGGUCGAUGUAUGGAAGAUUACUGAAGGAGUGCAAUCAGAAGCUGGGACUCAUCCAUUCUCUAAUGGUGAGCUGGAGGCCGGUUAUGAGAGAAUGGCUAACGACAACGCAAUUAUGAUUGCCGAUAACAAGAUUACUUUAAUUUAA